UAUCUAUUUUUAAUUGUAUCUAUUCAAACCUGACUAUACUGUGUUACAUAUUUAUACAUAUGUCGAAAGUUAAGAGGAUUAUCUUAUUUGGGAUUUCCAUAAGUCAGAUCCGCGCGAAUGAACAGCAAGACGGAAGCGGAAGUUCAGGAUUAAGAAUCGCGUUGUAUAAUCAUAUGAACGUUUGACGUUUCGGCUGAGUCUGCUCGAUUUUACAGAGGAUGCACUUAGUGGUUACAACUUAACCUAACCUAACCUAACCAGCAUCAUAUUUGCGGCCAACAACAUGAACAACGUACUUGUUUUCACUUUGAAUGUGUUACUCCUCGUACUACCUUACGGGAAUACGAAGAGAUUCUUGAAUGUGUAUCCGCAAGGUAAAGAAUAUCAUCUAACUAACGAGGAGGAUGUCGGAACACCGCUUUUUCUUACACCUUUGAUAGAAAGCGGGAAAAUUGAGGAGGCACGAGGAAAGGCAGUUGUUCAACACAAAGAAAUGGGCGACGUCAGCAGCUAUUCCGGUUAUUUGACAGUUAACAAAGAAUACAAUUCCAAUCUUUUUUUCUGGUUCUUCCCAGCUAUGCAUAAUCCAAAGACUGCGCCAGUAGUACUAUGGCUGCAAGGUGGUCCAGGAGCAACUUCUAUGUUUGGUCUUUUCAUGGAAAAUGGGCCAUUUAUUGUAACUGCAAACAAAACUCUAACAAUGCGAAUGUAUUCAUGGAAUAUAGCACAUAAUUUAAUUUAUAUUGAUAAUCCAGUUGGCACUGGCUUUAGUUUUACUGAAAACAACAAGGGAUAUGUCACAAAUGAAACACAAGUAGGGAGAGAUAUUCUUAAUGCUCUAGUACAAUUUUUCCAGUUGUUUCCAGAAUUACAAGAUAAUAAUUUCUUUGUUACUGGCGAAUCAUACGCUGGGAAGUAUGUACCAGCAACAUCCUAUGCCAUAAAAAAUUACAAUAUCAAAGCAGAGACAAAGAUUAAUUUGAAAGGUCUAGCCAUUGGUAAUGGAUUAUGUGAUCCAGAAAACCAGUUGCUUUACAGCGAUUAUUUAUAUCAACUUGGAUUGAUAGAUCGAAAUGGAAAAGCCCAAUUCCAAAUGUACGAAAAGAAGGGCCGGGAUUUCAUUAAACAGAAGAAAUACGUUGAAGCUUUUAACAUUUUUGAUACACUUCUUAACGGCGAUAUAAAUGCCGCGCCAUCUUUAUUCCACAAUCUUACUGGCUUGGACUAUUAUUAUAAUUAUUUAACGAUAAAAGAAGAUAAUGCCUCUAAUUGGAUGUAUGAAUGGAUUCAAAGAAGUGACGUUAGGCGUGCUAUACACGUAGGUAAUAGCACUUUUCACGUCGAAACCAAGAUUGUCGAAGAAUAUUUGACUGGAGAUGUUAUGCAAUCUGUAACAGACCUCUUAACGGAUCUGCUACAAAAUUAUAGAGUGCUGAUUUAUAAUGGACAAUUAGAUAUCAUUGUGGCGUAUCCACUCACAGAGAAUUACCUGUACACUAUGCAAUGGUCCGGAGCAGAAAAAUACAUGAAAGCGCCAAGGAAAGUAUGGAUGGUUGGAGACAAAAUAGCAGGCUAUUCGAAAAGUGUUGACAAUUUAACUGAGGUCCUCGUACGAAGUGCAGGUCACAUGGUACCAUCGGAUCAACCGAAAUGGGCAUUGGAUUUGAUUACGCGUUUUACGCAUAACAAGAAGUUUUGAAAUAUUAUAUGUAAUUGCUGCAUUGAACAUAUGUGAUAAAAGCUUCGAGCUAUAUUGUUAAUAAAAUACUACAAUUGCAAAUAUAAAUGUUAAGUAACUUACAUACGAAUAAAAUGUGCCAGAAAUAAUUUCUUCGUAUAUUUCGAAGAAUUUAAUUGGAACAAAAGCGAAAACAUGAGAAUAGAUUUAGUUUUGUAGUAGAAAGAAGUUGGAUUUUAUUAAUAAAUGAAAUUGCGUGUUUUGCUAAUAUUAUACAAUUAGAAAUAUGUAGACUUAUAAUAAAUCAUUCUACUUAAAA